AUGGGCCGCAGGGCCCCCAGUUCAGGCCUCCUGCUCUCCCUGGGUUCCCAGCCUUCCUCCAUCACCUUUUGCCUGAUUAACUGCGUUUCCAAAGGAAUAAGCUGCGAGGACAACAGGAAAGAGUGCCUCACGGCCAAGUACCGAGAGCUCUCCUCCCUCCCUCCCUCUCUGCUGUGGCCACCUCUCGCUUCCUGCACGGGUCUGGCUAAAGUGGCGCUGUCUGAGUCCUCGGCCUCCGCUCAGAAUUCGCUUACGCGGCCCAUUUUUCUGGGCUCCCUGGCCUUGACUUGGAGACUCUGCAGGGAGGAAGAGCAGAGCCUGGGGGAGCGAGAGGCUGAGGCAUUGUCUGAAAGCGGAAUAAGAAGUGAGCAAACUGAAACCUGGGCACGAACUGGAGGCCAGCCCCGGGCCCAGCCAGCCCCCAGCCAGGCCCAGGCCCAGCCCCAGCCAGCCCCCAGCCAGCCCCCAACCAGCCCCAGCCAGCCCCCAGCCAGCCCCCAGACAGCCCCCAGACAGCCCCCAGACAGCCCCCAGCCAGCCCCCAGCCAGCCCCCAGCCAGCCCCCAGCCAGCCCCAGGCCCAGCCAGCCCCCAGCCAGCCCCAGGCCCAGCCCCAGCCAGCCCCCAGCCAGCCCCAGCCCCCAGCCAGCCCCAGCCCCCAGCCAGCCCCCAGCCAGCCCCCAGCCAGCCCCCGGCCCAGGCCCAGCCCCAGCCCCAGGCCCAGGCCAGCCCCAGGCCCAGCCCCAGGCCCAGCCCCAGCCCCGGGCCCAGCCAGCCCCCAGCCAGCCCCAGCCAGCCAGCCCCCGGCCAGCCCCAGGCCCAGCCAGCCCCCGGCCAGCCCCCGGCCAGCCCCAGGCCAGCCCCAGGCCCAGCCCCAGGCCCAGCCCCAGCCAGGCCCAGCCCCCGGCCCAGCCCCAGCCCCAGCCAGCCCCAGCCAGGCCCAGGCCCAGGCCCAGCCCCAGGCCCAGCCAGCCCCAGCCAGGCCCAGGCCCAGCCAGCCCCAGCCAGCCCCCAGCCCCCGGCCCAGCCCCAGGCCCAGCCAGCCCCCAGCCAGGCCAGGCCCAGCCCCAGGCCCAGCCAGCCCCAGGCCAGGCCCAGCCCCCGGCCAGCCCCAGGCCCAGCCAGCCCCCAGCCAGCCCCAGGCCCAGCCCCAGCCAGCCCCAGGCCCAGCCAGCCCCCAGCCAGCCCCCGGCCAGCCCCAGGCCCAGCCCCCAGCCAGCCCCCAGCCAGCCCCAGGCCAGCCCCCAGCCAGCCCCAGGCCAGCCCCCGGCCCAGCCAGCCCCAGCCAGCCCCAGGCCCAGCCAGCCCCCAGCCAGGCCAGGCCCAGCCCCAGGCCCAGCCCCAGGCCCAGCCCCAGCCCAGGCCCAGCCCCGGGCCCAGCCAGCCCCCAGCCAGCCCCAGGCCAGCCAGCCCCCGGCCCAGCCCCAGGCCCAGCCAGCCCCAGGCCAGCCCCAGCCAGCCCCAGCCAGCCCCAGGCCAGCCCCAGAAACCCAAGAGACACUUCAGUGAGCGCUUUUCCAAUCUUUAUUACAAGUGA